AUGACUCGAAGACCUUCUGGGGGAGGACGCCAACGCCUGUUCACACAACAGCAGGAACUUGCAGACAGGCAAGUGUUCAGCAACAUAGACCAUGUGAGCAUCACCACCAUCAGACGCAUCUUGGGAAAACACAGCAUCACCAUGAAGCAGCUCUACAGAGUCCCAUUCGAGGGGAACAGUGACAGGGUCAAAGGACUUCGAGCUGAAUAUGUACGGAGAAUCUUGGCCAUGGAUGGAGCUGCACAGCCUCAUGAAUUCAUUUUCAUUGAUGAAGCUGGAUUCGACCUGAGCAAAACAAGACGACGGGGUCGUAAUGUAAUUGGCCAAAGGGCAAUUGUGCACGUCCCAGGGCAGCGCGGGGGAAACAUCACAUUAUGUGCCGCCAUAUGCCUUCGAGGGCUUCUGCACCAUCAUGCAAUACUAGGUCCAUACAAUAGGCAACACAUACUCACAUUUCUAGAUGCUCUCCAUGAUAUAGUUGUACAGAACAGACCAGAUCAGCCCAGGUUUGUGGUGAUAUGGGAUAAUGUCAGUUUCCAUCGGGCUGCUCUGGUCCAGGCCUGGUUCUCCAACCACAGUCAACUUGAAGUGGCAAUGGAACAGGCCUGCGGCGACAUUCAGGUGACAGCAAUCCAUGGAUGGUUUUGACAUGGAAGAGGAUAUUUUCCCCGGUGCCUAGCGGGAGGAGACAUUGCUUGCGAUGUUGAUGAGGUCCUGUGGCCAGACCCCAACAGACGGCGGGAUCCAUGAGCCCACGUAUGCACAAUUGUCAUGAUUUUUUGUUUACAGUAUAGUGUUUUUUCUAUUACUGUAUUAUGGGUUUUUGUUUUUUUUUUUUUUUUGCUUUAUCUGAAUUCAUGGUACUGCAAUGUACAAUAUUGAGUAGGCCUAUUUGCUUUUUUGGUUGUUUGCAAAUGUGUCUCCUGAAAAUAUGCCUUCUGAAUGAACAAUGGAAAUCAAAGACUGCAGUGCUUUAUAUAAAGUAGACUAGUGUGUUCCCCCUGCUCUGUAAGUGUUUGCAUAUGAUGCAAGUAUGUGUCAUUUUGUCAACAGAGUUACAUUUUGACAAAGGAAUGUUAGGUUUUGAUAGCAGAGUUUAGGUUUUGAGAGUAGAGUUUCAAUUUGGCACAGAUGUGAAUGGUAUAUUUCCCAGUGUUGUGUCAUGUGUACUUGUGUGUACAGUUUUGGCACAAUGAGCAAAGUUUUGCAAAAUGUGUUCAGGCAACGGGCAAAAACUGUAAAACGAGAUAAAACUGCAUAGAAUCAACUAAAAACAACCAAAAUCAAACUAAAAACCAACAUCUCUCGUGGUGUCAAAGGCCAGGGUAAAGAGGUGGGUUUUCAGGAGGCCUCACCCAGCUGAUGGUCUGUGCACGCCAGCGUCUUCUGCUCCAUGUGAGAGGAUUUCCUCUAAGGCAGGAGAAAUUAUCUCCACGAAAAGAAACAGACUCGACCGUCGCACAGUGGAACAAAUUCUCUUCUUAAAUAAAAACCAAACAGGUUGACUUUAAAUGCAUCACUUUUACUUUACAAGUUCAUGAUCAGUUCUACCCCCGGGUCAAAAAUGCGUAUAAGAAAACUGGCCUAAUUUAAUGUGACUUAUAAACAUAACUGUCCAGCGAUUGAUUGCAUAAGUACACGGAGUCAGGACGUCACAGCAUACCGCAUAAUGUUUUGUACAUUAUUAUAUGUAUUUUUAAUCUAUUGCAUUUACAAACGCCGAGGAGUCACGAGCAAAGAAAGACCACACCAUGGCACAUGUUUAAACAAGGAAUGUUUAUUGAUCAAAAUUAUUUAUUAAACAAAUAAACAUGGCAAGUUUUUCACCCCCCAAAGAAUACAUGCUCAAAGCAGCACAACGGCGGCCCAAUAUCAGACAGAACUGUGAACUCCACUCUGUAGAGUGGCCAAUCAUAAUGAAGCAGUUCAUUUUAUUUUGUAGAUUCAAGCUGCUCGUCAUAUGUUUGGCCACCAGAUGUCA